UCUUUUUGUUUGGGAAAUGUUGUCAUGUUGUAUUUAUGACUGAAAUUUUUCUAUGUAAAAAUAUACAUUGUUGUUAUACACUAGUCAACAAAUUCUUGCUGCUGUUUAUUAAGUUGAUAUUCCGUUCGUUAUUUAUUUUUGUGUUACAUUUUGAAGCUGAAGGGAAAAUGUUGGGCAGCUUUUCAAGUUUCACUGCAGUCGGCUGCCGAGUGACGGAAGUAAACGUCAUUAUCACACUGGAAUAGCCCUUGUCAUCGGUGGAUUUCCAAAGCACGCAUUGCAAUUGCUUUUGUGACUUAGACGCCAGACCUCUGGUGUAGACGAUGGCGCAGACGUCUCAGUCGAUAAGCUUUGCCUUGGACGAGAGUUAAUAGUUCCGCAAACAAACAGCAACCCAAAACGAAAGUUGCUGAAAUGCAAGUGCUGCAGACUUGGCAAUUGAUGGCGGAACUUGUAAACUGGCCGACGAUGCCGAUGCCGAUGCCGAUCCAUGCCAUUACAUUGCAAUUAUGCGAACAACCCCCACGGAAAUGCCCUUUACAUCGUUUGGGCAUUUCUGGGCAGUGCCACCCUUGGCGACCGUCAGACGGUGCACCCCAUGACGUCGCUCGGGGUUCACAAAUUUUACAGCUGUUUGGCUGUUCAAGAUGUAAAAAGGAAAAAUGAAUAUUUUUGUUGAUAAGUAUUUUUAAGACAGCACGACACUCUGGAAGAAGAUUCAACAGAAUGUUUAUAAAGGUAUAAAUGUGACUGCUUCGCCUAAACGGUUCACAGACAAGUAACACCUUCAGAAUGGAAUCUGUUCCCUAUAACUACGACGACUUUACAUGGGUACCAAGCCUAAGCUAUCGACUAUGCGGCUAUGAAAUACUAAAUACAGGCAGGACACGUCGCCAUAUGCUAAUACAGCUCUACCACUUGAUCUGCGUGGGCAGCCACGUCUGUUCUGUUUUAUUCAUGAUACGCCGGAUAAUCGAGUGGGAUACAAUUGGUACCGAUGUCUCCCUGAUAAUACGUUAUGCUACUCUGGUAACGUAUGUCAUAAACUCUGACACAAAGUACGGAACAUCUCAACAGAGAGUCGCCUUUCAACGGCUUAAUAGUAAACUUGCGGCGCUCUUUCCAAAGUCCACACAGGCACGGAUCGACCAUCGCGUCAACGAGUUCUACUGGCCACGCCCACUGCUCAUGCUAAUUGUGGUGUACUUUGGAUCGUCAGCUAUGGUCGUAUUAGGACCUCUCCUGCAGUCGGGUUAUAUCUAUCUAAUGGAGAAACGCUUUCCCUUUAUGCAUUGCUAUCCAUAUUACAUAUUUGAUCCACAGCAGGACCCAUUAUGGCAUUACUUUGUGAUUUAUGUUCUGGAAUGGAUGCACAGUACUUUGAUGGUCAUAUCGAAUAUGAGCACAGAUCUGUGGCUGGUAUGCUUUGAAGUGCAGAUAUGCAUGCAUUUUGAUUACAUUGCGCGAUCUCUAGAGAGUUACCAGCCUCACUGGACGCGUGACUCCGUCGAUAGGAAAUUCAUUUCCGAUCUGGUGGACACGCAUGUCCAAUUAUUAGACCUUCAGGAUGACCUCAAUGGCAUCUUUGGGGGUUCACUUUUGUUAAGCCUGAUUACAACUUCGGGCGUAUUCUGCACUGUGGCAGUUUACACUCAGCUUCAGGGACUAAAUCUAGAAGGAAUUACCUACAUCGUAUUUAUGAUGACGGCAACUUCUCAGGUUUACUUGGUGUGCUACUAUGGCGAAUUAGUUCGGAUUUUGAGCACAAACAUUACCCAUGCCGCCUAUAACCACAACUGGUCCGAUGCAUCGCCGGCUUACAAAAAAUUCUUGUUGAUUAUCAUCACACGUGCACAGAGGCCAGCUGAAUUAAGCGCCAUGGGCUAUCUACCAGUAUCGCUGGACACUUUUAAGCAAGUUAUGUCAGUGACUUAUCGCGUCUUUGCGUUGAUCAGACAAAUGAUCGAAUAGAAUGUGGAUGCUAACAUCAUAUCCGGAUAUUUAUUGCCUUACAAUUCACAGUUUAUCUACAUAGUUCACGUAAAAUACAUUUGUAUUACGAUCACUUUGGAUCCGUAGGUAACUUGAA